GCGAAGCCCCCGCCUCCCGCAGGUCCCGGAGGCGGCGGCGUAGCGGGGAGCCAGGCUCCGGCCGGCGGCUGUUGCGCCGAGAGAGCCAGGCCGGCACAGCGCCAUGAGGGCGAACUCGGGGCUCCGGGUGGAGGAGGACCACCCGGUGAGCGGUGAGCGUCCUCCACGAGCUCUUCCACCUGUGCCAAGUGCUAAUCAAGAUGAUAUUCCACUUAGUCGUCCUAAGAAAAAGAAGCCCAGAACAAAAACCACGCUAGCUAGUGCUUCUUUGGAAGGUCUUGUUCAGACUGCUGUUCACAGGCCACCUGAGGGCAGUGAGCCACCAACUAAAGACCCCAUAGAACAUCAAGAAGCUCCUGUUCAAAGGAGACAGAAGAAGACGAAGCUACCUCUUGAACUGGAGACUGCCUUUACCCAGAAGAAGACUUCUAGUGCAUCUUUAUUACCAAAUGAAAAUGGUAUCAACGUGGAGCCAGCUGAGGAGCCAGCUAUUCAGAAACCUCGAAGGAAGACAAAGAAAACCCAGCCAGCAGAAUUACAUUAUGCCAAUGAGCUAGGAGUUGAAGAUGAAGACAUAAUUACUGAUGAGCAAAGUAGUCCAGAACAACAGUCUGUACUGACUGCACCCACUGGUAUUAGCCAGCCUGUAGGGAAAGUGUUUGUGGAAAAAAGCCGGCGAUUCCAGGCUGCUGAUCGCUCAGAGUUGAUAAAGACCACAGAAAAGAUAGACGUGUCGAUGGACAUGAAGCCUUCCUGGACCACCAGAGAUGUUGCACUGUCAGUGAACCGGGCUUUCAGGAUGAUUGGUCUCUUUUCUCAUGGCUUCUUGGCUGGCUGUGCUGUGUGGAAUAUUGUUGUGAUAUAUGUUUUAGCAGGAGACGAGCUUUCUAACCUCUCAAACCUUCUGCAACAAUACAAGACGUUAGCAUAUCCAUUCCAGAGUCUUCUCUACUUGCUUUUGGCUCUAAGUACAGUUUCAGCUUUUGACAGGAUUGACUUUGCUAAAACAUCAGUAGCCAUCCGAAAUUUUCUUGCCCUGGAUCCAACAGCUUUAGCAUCUUUCUUGUACUUUACUGCUCUUAUAUUAUCUCUGAGUCAACAAAUGACAAGUGACAGAAUCCACCUUUACACACCUUCUUCUGUUAAUGGUAGCCUCUGGGCAGAAGGAGUUGAGGAACAGGUUCUCCAGCCAUGGAUUGUGGUGAAUCUGGUGGUGGCCCUUCUGGUUGGAUUAUCUUGGCUUUUUUUGUCUUAUAGGCCAGGCAUGGAUCUUAGUGAAGAGUUGAUGUUCUCCUCUGAUGUGGAAGAAUAUCCUGAUAAAGAUAGAGGAAUCAAAGCCUCUUCAUAGUGCCAACUCACCUUCAGAGUAAUUACCUAGUAUUUAGAAUUUUUCCCAUUCUUGUUUUUAAAUGUAUUUUUAUAAGAUAUUUACAGAUGUAUUUGGAAUUGAUUUUUCGAUUAUAUAAUACUGAAGAAUUUCUCAGGAUUAUGGAAAAUGUUAAAAUUGUAUCUGUGAUUUAUACUCAACCAUUAAUUUCCAUAGCAUUAUUGUCUUUAUGACAAAGGAGAUGCUGAGGUAGAAACCAGCAGGUGAAAGUGUUUAUUUCCUGUUUUCUCAAAUUAGUUGCAUUUAUAAUCAUUAUCUUUAAAAGUACUGUAUACAGUGCUUUUAAAAAAGCCAUAACUUUAGUGUUACAAAAUAGGUUUAAACAUUAAUUUAGGGAAUAGGGAAGAAGGGGGGAAAAAGGACCUUCAUUAUUUUUCAUGACUCCUUACUGAAUAAAUUGAAAUAUGAAAUUUGGUUUUUUUUGAAACUGGUUCAGUGGUUGUGUAUCAUGUAAUAAGUCUAAUGUAAUGUAAUUUAGCUUGAAAGAUGCUUUAUUUCAUGGCUAAUAAAAAGGAAAUGUAACUUUUAUUUGAAAAGUU